GCGCGCCCGCCACUCCCCAGGAUUCUGGGCGCCUGUGGAGGGCGGCCCAGGCGACGGCGUUCCAGCCGAAUACUCCUCUCUAAUCCACAACGAAUGAGCCGGGUGGGCGUAAGAAUCAGUUUUGCGUAGACCGUCACGGUGCCCUUUAAAGUGGCCGGAAUAAGCACGCCCCUGCUCCGGAAGUGAGCGGCUUCUGGCGCGGUGCAUUGUGGGGGGCGUAGUCCUCCUUCCCAGGCGGUCCUUGGCGGCGUCCCCCGGGCCGACUCCCGAGCGCAGGCGGGCGGCCGGGCGGUGGUGCGGCGCGGGCUGGUGGGAAGCGUAUUCUGGGCACGGGGCGCCGGACCAGGCCGGCAGUGCUGGGCAGCAGGAGUGGGAGGCCGCCCAAGGCCUCGCGCGGCGCCGCCCGUCGAGGGGCGGGCGGCGGCUGACCGACCGGGCCGUCGAAGGGCUCAGGAGGCCGGUGGGCCGUGCCGGGCCGCGCGUCGCAGCCAUGCCUGGCUUCACAUGCUGCGUGCCGGGCUGCUACAACAACUCGCAUCGGGACAAGGCACUGCACUUCUACACGUUCCCCAAGGACGCUGAGCUGCGGCGCCUCUGGCUCAAGAACGUGUCCCGUGCUGGCGUCAGUGGGUGCUUCUCCACUUUCCAGCCCACCACGGGUCACCGUCUCUGCAGCGUCCACUUCCAGGGCGGCCGCAAGACCUACACGGUGCGCGUCCCCACCAUCUUCCCACUGCGUGGCGUCAACGAGCGCAAAGUAGCGCGCAGACCCGCGGGGGCCGCAGCCGCUCGCCGCAGGCAACAGCAGCAGCAACAGCAGCAGCAGCAGCAGCAGCAGCAGCAGCAGGCUUCGCCGGCAGCUUCCACUGCCCAGACUGCCCAGCUGCAGCCGAACCUGGUGUCUGCCUCUGCGGCGGUGCUCCUCACCCUUCAGGCCGCGGUUGACAGCAGCCAGGCGCCAGGAUCCGUGCCUCCGGCACCCACCACUCCCACUGGAGAAGACGUGAAGCCCAUCGACCUGACGGUGCAGGUGGAGUUCGCGGCCGCAGAGGGCGCAGCCGCGGCCGCCGCUUCGGAAUUGGAGGCUGCUACCGCCGGGCUGGAGGCCGCCGAGUGCCCUAUGGGCCCCCAGUUGGUGGUGGUGGGGGAAGAGGGCUUCCCUGAUACUGGCUCCGACCACUCAUACUCCUUGUCGUCAGGCACCACGGAGGAGGAGCUCCUGCGCAAGCUGAACGAGCAGCGGGACAUCCUGGCGCUGAUGGAGGUGAAGAUGAAGGAGAUGAAGGGCAGCAUCCGCCACCUUCGUCUCACUGAGGCCAAGCUACGCGAAGAACUCCGCGAGAAGGAUAGGCUGCUGGCCAUGGCUGUUAUCCGCAAGAAGCACGGAAUGUGAAUGGGUGGUCCCCGUGGUUGCGGGACUCUCCCACGCUUUUCAGCCUAGGGCAACUCCCGCCUCUGCGAUUGAACUCCCCUCUAUUCCUGGGGCACUGGUUGACAGUACUGAGGCUUAGGGCAGCUGGAUUCUUUUGCUGGUGACCUGGCACCCUCUCUCGUUUCCUCUUGAAGCAGAGGUCUGGGACCUCGGACUCUGCACUGGUGACACCAGCAAUUAUGACUUUGUCUACCCCCUUCCCACCCUCAUCUCCAGUUUAUGUUGCAGAUUCUGGUAAAGCAGAGGCCUCAGAUCCUCUGAACUUGAAAUUUCCCCUGUGGGAUGCCCAAAGACUAUGGGUUUGGGAGGAUAACACCUUGAGGUUGGCCAGCAAUCAGAAACAAACUCUUUCGUGUGUAGUAAUGAGCUCCAAGUGAUAUCAGUUCUCCUCCUUUUCAUGCUUUUCCUUCCUAGGUGCAGCCUGUGAUUCUGAUGGGGACUGACAGGUCUGUGACUCUGCCACCUAGGACCUCCCUCCCUAGGAAGCCGUCUAUGACGGCAUAUAGGUGACAUGCUGACGAAAAUCCAGCUUGCCAGAGACUUAGGUUUAUCCUGUUAUGUUUGCUACUGGUUACAAAUUCUAUUUUCUGUACAACUAGUCAGACUAAAGUUUUCACUGUGUUUGUUUGACAAAACGAAUUAAACAGAAAGUAAGGUUUUUAUUUGGGUUUCGCCAUUUUAUUUUUAUAAAAAUUCGGCUAAGUGUCCAUGCAGGUGGAGAAAUAGGCCUUGGCCUCAGGUCUCAAGGAUUAGUUUGACCCUGCCUCAAUGCCUAGAUUUCUCCAGAAAAUGACCAUAAACAACAUCAGCUCUGACCUCUUAAGGUCCUCACUGGCCAGAUCAACUCAAGAGUUUGGAAAUGGCACUAAAUGGUCUGUUUGUCCAUGGGCUAUCUACCUGUAUCCUUUCAACAGGGAAAAGAAGCAACUGAGAACGAGACUAAAUUGUGACAGCCCUUUUCUCUUUGAGUUUUUAAUUUGUUCUUGAAUUUUUUAGCUGUGGUUGAAUUUUGCUAAUUAUA